CCAAGUUAUCUGAGUGCCAUCACCCUUUAACAAGCACCCGAAACGGUUGAAGCCACACACUGGGGUCAGUUACUCAGCUCGAAUGGCCGUCGAAAUUGCAAAAUUAGGGUUGCGAUCGACGCCAUUCUCUCCCCCAAACCGAUCGAAAUUCCCUAAAAUCUUCGAAUCCUGUCGAACGGAAAAGCCAUUUACUGUCCGUCUUUCUUCGUCCUCGUCAUCGUCUUUCAUCGACGAACAACAGAUUUCCUUUAGCGAACCGGAAAAGGUUCUCUUGGAACGUCUUCUAGGAAUUCAAGGAAGAGGUCGUAAGGCUUCUCCCGAGCAACUCAAGGAUGUUGAAAGUGCUGUGAAAACGCUAGAAGAUUUGAAAGGCGUACCAGAUCCCACAAGUUCUACUUUAAUUGAAGGUCGCUGGCAACUUAUAUUCACUACAAGACCUGGAACAGCAUCUCCAAUUCAAAGAACAUUUGUAGGGGUCGACUUUUUUAAGAUCUUUCAAGAGGUCUACCUCCGGACAGAUGACCCUAGGGUAUCCAAUAUUGUGAAAUUAUCGGAUGCAAUAGGUGAGCUAAAAGUAGAGGACUUGAGUACGAAGAGGAUUAUUGGUGUGGGGUAUAAGCAUGGUGAUCUCUACUUCUUGAGAGAAGGGGAGUUUACUGCUGCUAGUGCUUUCGCUACACCUCAUUCAUUUGUUUUUCAGUUAUGCAGUUUAGAGUCCAAUAAAGCGUCUGCUGCCAUUUGGCAUGCAAGACUGGGUCAUGUGUCUGUUAGAACUUUACAAUCUCUUGUUCCUCACUUUAAUAAAAUUAGUGAUGCUUACUCUAAAUGUGAAACGUGUCAAUUGAGUAAACAUGUUAAACAUUCAUUGCCUAUUAUUGAGCAUCAUUUUGAUAAAAUGUUUGCAUUGGUACAUUCUGAUAGCUGGGGACCUAGUCUAGUUACAUUUCUGGAGGGUUUUUCUUACUUUGUUACAUUUAUUGAUGAUUUCUCUCAUGAGACUCGGGUGUAUUUGAUGCGUCGCCAUGAUGAACUGUUUAACUUGUUUCGAUCAUUUCAUCAAAUGAUCUAGACCUAGUAUGAUUGUGUCAUUAAGAAUCUUCGUUCUGAUAAUGAUGGUGAGUAUACCUCAAAUAACUUCAAAUCAUAUCUCCAGGAGCAUGUCAUUCAUCAUCAACUUUCUUGUGCCUACACAACAAAAUAGAGUGGUAGAGCGCAAGAAUCACCAUCUUCUCGAGGUUACUCACUCUCUUUUGAUAGGAAUGAAGAUCCUUAAGUCAUAUUGGUCUGCAGCCUUGUUAACAUCAUGUUAUUUGAUUAAUUGAAUGCCUACCCGUGUCCUUAAGGGAGAUAUUCCAAUGCAUGCAUUGAAACCUACCUGUCCUUUGUUUAUUGUCCCUACUAAAGUGUUUGGCUGUAUCCGUUUUGUGCAUUCAUUAGGUCCCUCCAGGGACAAAUUUGCCAAUCGGUCUAUUAAGUGUAUUUUGAUUGGAUAUUCUCUUCAACAUAAGGGCUAUAAGUGUUAUUAUCCAUCUACAAGGAAAUAUUUUGUGUCUACGGAUGUGACAUUCUUUAAAGAUCGCCUAUUCUACUCUCCUUUGUCUGAACAUGCUGAUGCAGUCGAGACAAAUCAUUUUCUGCCUUUGUCAGCUGUUGAUAUUUCUCCUUUUGCAUCUCCCUCGGCACCUAAGCGGUUCCUCACCUAUGUUCACCGACAGUCGAGACCAUCACACGGAUCGCUUGUAUCAAUAGCUCCUCUUCCGGUCUUAGGUAUCUUCUCUCAUCCUAUCUCUACUGCUAGUCCUUCAUCCCUUGUUGCUUCUCGCACUCGUAGUCAUCGACUCAUCAUCCCACAUUACAUCCUAUUUCUAAUUUUGUCUCUUAUGAGUCUAUUUCACCAUCAUAUUGUGCAUUCUUGGCCGCCAUUUCCUCUUCCACUAUUCCUAAGUUAAUACUUGAGGCUCUUUCAGUCCCUACUUGGAAGCAAGCAAUGGAAGCAAAAAUGGUUGCUCUUCAUAAAAAUGGCACCUAGGAUCUUGUUCCAUUACCUCCAGGUAAGAGUUCAGUUAGGUGAAAGUGGGUGUUCUCCAUAAAGUAUCAGGCUAAUGGAUCCAUUGAGCGCUACAAAGCUUGUUUGGUGGCUAAAGGCUACACAACAUUUUGGGGUUGAUUACAAUGAAACC